AGAUGGAAGUAAUGAUGAAAUAUAUUAUAAGGAUCCAAAUCUUGAUGUUGUGAUUUUAAAUGUAACAAAAGUACGAGAAGAUUCACAGCGAUUGAUUAAAAGUCGAAUAAAUAUUAGAGAAACUAGUCAAGAUGAAUAUUUUUUUCACACGUCGUUUAAUGAUGAGAAUAUAAUAAUGUCACCUGAUAAACUAUAUAUGGCUAUUUUGUCAGACGUACAAAAAUCUUUUACAGAAUCUCCUAAAUAUCGAGUAAAUAUAAAAGAAUUUAGUUCUGGAAUUCAGAUGAAAAUUGUAAGAAACAGUAAUUUUGUAUCAGAAUUUUCUUUUUCUGAUCAUGAUAAUCUCUAUUUUUAUACCUAUAACGAUAAUGGAAGAGAUAAACAUUUCAAAUGUUUUUUAAAUUAUGGAGAUUUAAACAUAACAAUGGAAUUUUGUCAAACUGAAUUCGAUUACAGUAAGGAAAGAAAACUUGAUUCAUCAAAUCAGAAAGAAUAUUGCAAUAACGAUGGAAAUAUUGUUCGAUGUAAUUCCAUGAUUGAUGGAAUUUUGUACAAAGAGAAUGGAACUGUUUUACUUUAUCCAAAAAUAAAUACCUUUAUCUACAAUAGAGCAAUUACAAAGAACGAGUUAAAAAAUUCUAGAAAUAAAACAAAAAAACCAGAAAUUAUAUAUUUCGGAACGACACGACAACGAACUGAUCAAAUUAAUUAUUCUUCUUAUCGCAAAGAGUCUGAAUAUAAAUCAAUUGAAUAUACAGUUCAUUAUCCUGACGAGACUGUCAUUUUUUAUGGUCUUCAGGGAAAAAAUUACUCGUAUUAUUUUCCUUCGAAGCAAAAAGGAUUCUUUAUUGAACCGACUUAUGGAAUAAUACAAUUAGAUUCAAAACCCUGGGUUCUACAUCCAUUUCUUUAUCAUAAUGAAACUUCGGGAACGACCACAUUUAAUAUGGCAAUAUCAACAAACGAUGGAAUUAAUGAAAAAUCUCAAGAUAUGCCUUAUAUUAAUUCAUCAACAAGAAAUUUUAUUCCAUUAAUUAGUAGCGAAUACUAUGUUACUAAAAUUUUAAAUGUUCGUAGAGAUGACGAAGGAGGAGAUUUGUUUGCUUAUUUUUUGGCAGCACCAACAAAAAAUGUUUCCAGAAGGAAUUUUUAUAAAAUAAAAAUUUCACAUGAAACAAUUUCAAUGGAAUCUGUAAUUUGUCUAACUUGUCCUGAGGAAACGAGUGAUGGUGGUUUAGAAGCUAGUGAAAUUUAUCCCAAAUGUCUUUGGGCUGACGUAAAAAUGUCUUUCCUUGGUGAUUAUUAUCUUCUUCAUUGCAAAGGACCAGAUGUACCUUGGACAGUAAUAGUGAAUACCCAAACAAAUAUCGUUUUAUUCAAUCUAAAGGAAAAUGAAGAAAUUCGAGAAUGGGAUUCUUUAGUAACAAAACCACGUGUUCAUGAAUUUGAAUUGGAACUCGAAGAUGGUUUUAUCGGAAGAAUAAAAAUGUAUUUUCCCAUAGAUUGGUAUCCGACAAUUCAAAAUUGUCGAAAAACAUAUAAACUACUUUUACACGUGGACGGAACACCGGAGGGACAAUUAGUCAACGCUAAAUAUCAAAUAUCUUGGCUUUGGGAAUUAAUAAUAAAUAAAAAUUUUAUAGUUGUUGAGGCGGACGUUAGAGGAAGUGGUUAUCAAAAUAUUGAAAUUUCAAAUUCAAUUUGGAAAGAAAUAGGCACAUUAGAAAUUGAUGAUCAAAUUUUUGUGAUAAACAAUAUUUUGACAAAAUUCAAUUGUAUUGAUUCUAAUCAAAUUGCAGUUUAUGGAGAGGCUUAUGGCGGAUAUACUGCACUUAAUAUAAUGGCUAUGGAUAGAAAAAAUAUAUUUAAAUGCUGUGCAGCAGUUUCGCCCAUUACCACUUGGCAACAUUAUUCCCAUGAUUUUGCAAUUAAGAUAUUUGGUGGCAAAUAUAAUAAUAUUACGAAAGAAAUUUAUGAAAAAGCUAACUUGUCAUCAAGAAUUUUUGGUCUAAAGGAUAAAAAUUUUAUUAUUUACAGUGCAACUAUGGAUCAAAAAAUUCUCAAAUAUCACGUGAACAAUUUUCUAAUUGCUUUAGCUGACAAUGGAAUUCUUUUCAAACAUCAUCAAUAUAUUGAUGAAGGACAUGAUAUUUCAAAUUAUCGUGUUCAUCUUUAUAAACAUAUUGACAAAUAUUUUGAAAAUUGUUUUGCAAAGAGAAACUAAUUUUCAUAAUAAAUUUCAAAAAUGAUAAA